UUUGAUAAUUGUAGAGAAUUAAAUGUGAGUGAAGUUGUAAAGUUGCCUUUGAUGUUUUUGGUAAGGGAAUCGCGUUUCUAGGUAAACUUCGCCAUUACGAUGCCACUAGGAAGCUGGAGCUUGUGGAAACGGCGCUAAAAUAGAACCACCCCUGCAAAAUUUUAUCUGGGAGAUUUUUUAUCAUGAACACAAUAUUUCUUUGCGAUAACCAUCCCUCACUCAUUUCAUCACCCACAUCAAUAUAAUUUUCAUUUUUCAAUAAUGAUAGCAACAUCCUGAUCUCAAUAUUCCAAUAUGGUGUGUUAUAACCAAUUUAUCUUCAUAAUAUCUCCGUGCUAAUUCAAUUGUUCUGUAGAAAAUAAAAGCACUUAGUCGGGCGUCCAUUCAAGCCCCGGGGUCUGAAGCCAAACAGCCCCGCAACCUUGGUAUGUAUAACUCUGUGGAGGACAUCGUAGACAGAGCAGACGUUAAUCGUUUCCAUAGAUCCAGCAUUACAUCCAUUUGAAAGAGCUCGAGAAUAUACCCGUGCCCUCAAUGCCACCAAAAUGGAGAGGAUGUUCGCCGCUCCUUUCAUCGCGCAGUUAGGUAAAGGACAUGUCGACGGAGUUUACACAAUGGCAAAGGAUCCUAAUGCCCUCGAACGAUUUGCAAGUGGCAGUGGUGAUGGUGUCGUGAAAGUAUGGGAUCUAACGUCUCAGGAUGAGGUUUGGCAAACUAGUGCGCAUGAGAAUAUUAUCAAAGGCAUGAGUUGGACAAGGGAUCAAAAACUUCUAACUUGCGCAAAUGAUCGAUCGAUCAAACUUUUCGAUCCUUACAAUACAACUUCGGGAUCGGCGCCCGUGGCAACAUGGCUAGGCACUAAUGCAUUCACAAGUUUGUCACAUCACCGUUCGAAAAACGCAUUUGCAGCAUCAUCCGGAGUCAUCUCGAUAUACGAUCUCGAAAGACAGAAUGCGCCGCCUGAUGUUCUAAAAUGGCCAAGUUCAACGGAUACUAUUACCACAGUAGCUUUCAAUCAGGUUGAAACUUCGAUACUUGCCUCCACUGCUACGGAUAGGUCGAUUGUUUUAUAUGAUCUCCGUACAGGACUUCCCAUUCACAAGACACUUCUCAAUUUUGCCUCGAAUGCUAUAUCUUGGAAUCCUAUGGAAGCCUUUAAUUUUGCGGUAGCCAACGAAGAUCAUAACGUUUAUAUUUUCGACAUGAGGAAGAUGGAAAGAGCCUUGAACGUACUGAAGGGUCAUGUUGCCGCUUGUAUGGAUGUAGAGUUCAGUCCGACAGGGGAAGAGCUCGUCACAGCAUCGUACGACAGGACCGUUAGGUUAUGGAGCAGGACCAAGGGACACUCGAGAGAUAUUUACCACACUAAGCGCAUGCAAAGAGUCUUUUCAGCAAAAUGGACACCUGAUUCGAAAUUCAUUCUUUCGGGUUCCGAUGAUGGCAAUAUUCGCUUAUGGAGAGCUAAUGCUUCAAAGAGAGAAGGAAUUAAGUCGGCCAAACAGCGAACUGCUUUGGAAUACAACGAGGCAUUGUCGGAGCGGUAUUCUCAUAUGCCCGAAAUCAGACGAAUCAAACGUCAUAGGCAUGUUCCCAAAGUUAUUAAAAAGGCUGGAGAGAUCAAAUCGGAGGAACUCAAGGCAAUCAAACGCAGACAAGAGAAUGAACGAAAACAUACCAAGAAACAAUUUUCGAAGAGGCGCGCAGAGAGGGAAAAGAUGGUUCUGGCAAAUGAACAGUAAUAUUAUGUAUGAUUGGCUGGGAAAAGCUUAUAUACGUGUGGAGUCAAGGUAUGUGGUGGCAUAUGCGAGGCGUUUAUGGAGGUUAUGGUUGGUUCGUGAAUACCACAAACUACAAUGUUUGACUUG